AUGGUCCUGAUCGCAGUCCUUGCCCACCGCUCAGUGCUGUACUUGAGAGAACACCGAAAACAACAUCAUAAGCUGCGGCCAACCGGGUUGCUGGGGGUGCUUAUGCGACAAGGUUUGCUUUAUUUUGUAUGGGCAGUCGCAUGCGGAGCGCUAAGUGCGAACGGUGCAGCGUUGCUUGUGUUUAACGGCAUCACUACGGUCCUCCAAGUAGGACUUUUGUGCAUGCUGGGACCAUGGUUGAUCUUGUCCAUCCGCCAAAAUCACUUGAAUCAGGUAAAUGGCGGGUCAGGUGGCACCAGGGAUGGGACGGUCAGCGCAGUUGUAUUUGAAAGGCAUUUGUCGGCUGCUGGUGACCCGGAAGCACCAGGGGGCGAUGAACAGCUUCGACCAGAAGACGGCGGGCCUUGA